UCAGGAGGUGGCUGGUGUGGAAAUGUCCAGGCCUCAGCUGCCUCCAGUGACCCGACUGAGGAUGUGGUUUGUUCUCACCAAGAGUGAUGCUCCCUGAGCCCAGAGGGCCAACACCAUGGAGCCGGGGUCGUGGCCGGGGAAGUGUCCACACUGACUGAGCCAUGCCUUGUCCAGCCUCCGCCCAGCCUGGGAGAGGGUGAGUGUGAGGACAGGUCUGGGGCUGUCCAGAUGGAAUGAGGCAGGCACGGGGGCACCCGAGCGCCACCCGUACCUUUCAGUGGCACCAUGAGCUGAGCUGGACACCUGGACAGUGACAGCCGUUGGAACCUGGGGGCCCACCAGCCCCUUCCUGAUCCCCGGACGGGACUAUGCCCAUGCAGGCGCCCCAGAGCAGGCUGCUGGGCUCCCUCAAUGCCACGGCCACAGCCUCCCCCAGUCCUGGGCUAGCUGCCAACCACACAGGACCCUGGUGUCUGCAGGUGCCCAUCCCCGAUGGGCUCUUCCUCAGCCUGGGGCUGGUGAGCCUGGUGGAGAACCUGCUGGUAGUGGUUGCCAUCGCCAAGAACCGCAACCUGCACUCGCCCAUGUACUGCUUCAUCUGCUGCCUGGCCUUGUCCGACCUGCUGGUGAGCGUGAGCAGCGUGCUGGCCGUCCUGCUGCUGCUGGAGGCGGGCGCCUUGGCCGGCCGGGCCGCAGUGGUGCAGCAGCUGGACGACGUCAUCGACGUGCUCAUCUGCAGCUCCAUGGUGUCCAGCCUCUGCUUCCUGGGCGCCAUCGCCGUGGACCGCUACAUCUCCAUCUUCUACGCACUGCGCUACCACAGCAUCGUGACGCUGCCCAGGGCGCGGUGUGUCGUCCUGGCCGUCUGGGGGGCCAGUGUCACCUCCAGCUCCCUCUUCGUUGCCUACUACAACCAUACGGCCGUCCUGCUCUGCCUCAUCAUCCUCUUCUUGGCCAUGCUGGCCCUCAUGGCAGUUUUGUACGUCCGCAUGUUCACCCGGGCAUGCCAGCACGCCCAGGGCAUCGCCCGGCUCCACAAGGGACAGCGCCCAUCCCACCAGGGCUCUGGCCUCAAGGGUGCUGCCACCCUCACCAUCCUCCUGGGCAUCUUCUUCUUCUGCUGGGGCCCCUUCUUCCUGCACCUCGCGCUCAUCGUGCUGUGCCCUCGGCACCCCACUUGCAGCUGCGUCUUUAAGAACUUCAACCUCUUCCUCACCCUCAUCAUCUGCAACUCCAUCGUGGACCCGCUCAUCUAUGCCUUCCGCAGCCAGGAACUGCGCAGGACGCUCAAGGAGGUGCUGUUGUGCUCCUGGUUGCGGGAGCACUCUCCGGGGCAGCUGCGGGGCGAGGGUGACAGGGGGCCCGCGGCUUCCAUUGUCCUCGGCGGAGCGCGCCAGCCCCUCCCUGCGAACAGGCUGCGGCGGGGCCGGGAGCGCGGGGCGGUGCGCGGUGCCGCGCCGCACUGUGCGGCGGCGCCUGCGGAUUGGCCACGCCGCGGAGACGUCAGCCUGGGCGCGGGGGCCGCGGCCUUAAGAGCGGGCGUCGGGGGCCGCGGAGCCUCCGCAGCCGCCCGUCGCCCUGCGCCCGCCGCCUCCGCCCGCCGCGCCGCCAUGAGGGAAAUCGUGCACAUCCAGGCCGGCCAGUGCGGCAACCAGAUCGGGGCCAAGUUCUGGGAAGUCAUCAGUGACGAGCACGGCAUAGACCCCAGCGGCAACUAUGUGGGGGACUCAGAUCUGCAGCUGGAGCGCAUCAGCGUCUACUACAACGAGGCCUCCUCUCACAAGUAUGUGCCUCGGGCCAUCCUGGUGGAUCUGGAGCCCGGGACCAUGGACAGCGUCCGCUCGGGGGCCUUUGGUCACCUCUUCAGGCCCGACAACUUCAUUUUCGGUCAGAGCGGGGCUGGCAAUAACUGGGCCAAGGGCCACUACACGGAGGGUGCAGAGCUGGUGGACUCGGUCCUGGAUGUUGUGCGGAAGGAGUGCGAGAACUGCGACUGCCUGCAGGGCUUCCAGCUGACCCACUCGCUGGGCGGCGGCACGGGCUCGGGCAUGGGCACCCUGCUCAUCAGCAAGGUGCGCGAGGAGUACCCCGACCGCAUCAUGAACACCUUCAGCGUCGUGCCCUCGCCCAAGGUGUCGGACACGGUGGUGGAGCCCUACAACGCCACCCUGUCCAUCCACCAGCUGGUGGAGAACACCGACGAGACCUACUGCAUCGACAACGAGGCCCUCUACGACAUCUGCUUCCGCACCCUCAAACUGGCCACGCCCACCUACGGCGACCUCAACCACCUCGUGUCAGCCACCAUGAGCGGGGUCACCACUUCCCUGCGCUUCCCUGGCCAGCUCAACGCUGACCUGCGCAAGCUGGCCGUGAACAUGGUGCCCUUCCCCCGCCUGCACUUCUUCAUGCCUGGCUUUGCCCCACUCACGGCCCGAGGCAGCCAGCAGUACCGCGCCCUGACCGUGCCCGAGCUCACCCAGCAGAUGUUUGACGCCAAGAACAUGAUGGCCGCCUGCGACCCGCGCCACGGCCGCUACCUGACGGUGGCCACCGUCUUCCGCGGCCGCAUGUCCAUGAAGGAGGUGGACGAGCAGAUGCUGGCCAUCCAGAGCAAGAACAGCAGCUACUUCGUGGAGUGGAUCCCCAACAACGUCAAGGUGGCCGUGUGCGACAUCCCGCCCCGCGGCCUCAAGAUGUCCUCCACUUUCAUCGGCAACAGCACGGCCAUCCAGGAGCUGUUCAAGCGCAUCUCGGAGCAGUUCACGGCCAUGUUCCGGCGCAAGGCCUUCCUGCACUGGUACACGGGCGAGGGCAUGGACGAGAUGGAGUUCACCGAGGCUGAGAGCAACAUGAACGACCUGGUGUCCGAGUACCAGCAGUACCAGGACGCCACGGCCGAGGAGGAGGGCGAGAUGUAUGAAGAUGAUGAAGAAGAGUCCGAGGCGCAGGGCCCCAAGUAAAGCAGCUUGCGGCUGGAGCGUGGGGCCGUGUGGCAGCCGGGGCCGAGGCCAGCAGCGCCCCCCACAGCCACCUACCGACCAACACUGCCCCAGCUUUGCUCCCACCAGCUCGCCGUAGCACCCCAGGGCCCCCAAGUCGUCGUCCUCUAGUAUCCAUGGUCAUUUCCCUCCCCGAAAGGGUCCACCCAGCCCUCUCUUCCCCACCCUGGGCCGCCUCCGUCUGUCUUUGUGUUGCUCAUUUGUUUCUUUGUUCUUCUGUGGCUCCAGGCCUGAUGUUUUAUGGUUUUCUUAAAGAUUGGUUUGUGUUUAUAUUUGGGGGGGUACUUAAUAAACCUGUUGCUGUCGGA